AUGUGCUGUGAACUGCCAAUGUUAAAGAGAUGUUUUUUGUGCAUACCUCUACGGUAUGGGCUGAUUGGAUGGGGUUAUAUCAGACUGGUGAUAGACAUAAUCCUGACAGUGGCUCUGACAAUAGAGUUCACAUAUGUGUUGAGGAUGGUGCAGACCCGGUCCUACAGUGUUAGCAACCUGGUUAUAAUCAGCCUAAUCAUACUGCUGGGCGUCGCAGACUUUACGCUCACUGUCGUGUUUAUUAUUGGCGGACAAAGGAAAAACGUGAAACUGCUGAAGAUUUGCUACGUGUACAACAUAGUCCUGUGGGUGCUGAUCAUCAUCAUGGGUGUCGCCAUAUCAGUGUACACUGUAUACCUGAUGUAUCAACACAGCUUGGGAUUCCUUCACCAUAUCGUGUACAUCCUUACUGAUCUCUUUACUUACCUGUCUCAGAUAUUGGUACAAGGAUACUUCUUGUUGCUGUUGAGAAGUGAAAUAGUAAAAUUGGAAAACAACAGUGAAUUUCAGUUUGUCAACAAUGCAGCUGAAUCCGAAUGUAGAAUGAAAUGGGCACAAGAUGGCAUUACCAGCGCGCAAGAAGAACAAACUCAAGAAAUUCACAACUGCUAG